CACUGAACUGCAUUGCCUUCAGAAAACAGCAUGGCUGAAGAACUAUUCAUUGAAGACUAUAUCACCAUCGGUGUCUAUUUUGUUAUUGUUCUAGCAGUCGGACUUUGGUCGACAUUUCGACCAAACAAGGGCAAUGCCAAGGGAUAUUUUCUGGCGGGGAAAGAUAUGCACUGGAUACCGAUUGGGGCCUCUAUCUAUGCAAGUAACAUUGGAGCUCCGAUGUUUAUUGGACUGGCAGGAACUGCUGCAGGCUCUGGUAUCGCUGUUACUAUAUACGAAUGGCAUGCCGUGUUUUUCCUGAUUUUGUUAGGUUGGGUGUUUCUUCCGGUAUAUGUUGCAUGUGGAGCUUAUACAAUACCGGAAUGGGUAAAGAAGCGCUUUGGUGGACGUCGACUGCGCAUGUAUGUGUCGUUCCUUGCACUGAUUGGCUACAUCCUAUUCAACAUAUCCGCAGAAAUAUACACCGGAGCAAUAUUUCUUCAACAGAUGUUAGAAUGGAAUAUCUACCUCUGUGUUAGCAUUAUUCUAGGAAUUACAGCAAUAUAUACCACAGUUGGUGGGCUAGCUUCCGUCAUUUACACGGAUACUCUGCAGGCUGUCGUUCUUGUUGUUGGAGCUACAAUCUUAUUUUUCAUUUCGAUCAUUAAGGUUGGAGGGUACGAAGAAAUGGAAACCAAGUUCAUGGCUGCCAUGUCAAAUGAAACCCUUCACAAUCAGACCUAUUACAAGUGCGGGGUUCCCCCGGCGGAUUCCCUCCAUAUCUUCAGAGACCCCGUGACAGGUGACAUCCCCUGGACUGGGGCUUUGCUGGGACUGUCCACUCUUGGACUUUACACCUGGGACCAGGAUCAGAUAAUAGUUCAACGCACACUUUCUGCCAAAAACAUGGUACACGCGAAGGCAGGGGCAUUGUUAGGGGCAGCGCUGAAACUGACUGGAUUCCUUCUGUUUGUUAUUCCUGGAAUGAACAGUCGUAUUCUGUUUAAGGAGGAAGUUGCCUGUGCAGAUCCAGACAAAUGCAUGGAAUACUGUAAAAACAAGAGCGGCUGUACAAACAUAGCAUAUCCUCUUAUGGUUCUCAGGUUACUUCCUAAAGGUCUCCGUGGUCUUAUGCUUGCUGCUCUGUUGGCUGCGUUAAUGAGUUCCUUAACCUCAAUUCUGAACAGUGCGAGCUCCAUCAUGACCCUCGAUAUCUGGCACCAGUUUCGGAAGAAGGCCUCUCAGUACGAAUUGAUGAUUGUUGGGCGAGUUACCGUACUUGUUCUGAUUGGCUUCAGUAUUCUGUGGUUACCUAUUUUACAGUUGACACAGGGAGGUAGAUUCUGGUUUUAUAUGCAGUCUGUAAAAUCGUAUCUUAUACCUCCCCUGUGUAUGAUGUUUCUGCUGGGGUUGUUCUGGAAACGAACCACAGAACAGGGUGUGUUUUGGGGCCUGAUGCUGAGUCUAGUUAUGGGAAUUGUACGCAUGGUUUUAGAUUUCACAUUCCUCGCUCCUGCUUGUGGCAGCAGUGAAGUUGACACAAGGCCUACAAUAAUCUCCAAGGUGGAUUUUCUACAUUUUGCGACACUUUUAGCAUUGUUCGCAACAAUUGCUAUGGUUAUCAUUAGUUUGAUAACACAACCACGCCCAGCAAACAAGCUCCAUCGUUUGACAUGGUGGACUAGAAAUGAUGAAGAAGAACCAGAGCUUUCAGAUAAUGAGGAUGACGAUGUUCACAUUUCUGCUCACGUGAAGGGAGAAGAUCUUAAAUCUAUGGAGAUCCAGGAACCUGUAGCAGAAGAAGCAAGUGGGCUUCAAAGAAUCAAGAUCCUUUGUAAAAACUGGGUGUGUGGAAUUGACGAGGAUGCUAAGCAUAUGAUGACAGCAGCGGAAUUAAAAGAAUUAAGAAGAAAAAUGACGUCUUUAGAUGAGGCUUCCCGAUGGAGGAAGAUGUUGAACGUUUCUGCGAUUGUCAUUGGUGUAUUUACAGUGUUUUUAUUGGGUUUCUUCCAUUAGACAUUUUCUUAUCAUGUUCCCCUGUCGGUUUUUGUAUUUAAGCGGUUUUUAUUAUUUAUCAUAAUGGCUCAUGUAUACACAGGUGUAUAUGGAUAUGUAGAGCAUAUGCUUUAGAAUGCAGUUCAAAACUCAGGUAAUUGAACAAUGUGAUCAUUAAUGCCUUACUACAUGUACCAAAAUAUGCGACCAACAUAUGAGUGACACAUAUUUAUCAAAUUGCGCAAAUAUACAGACAAUGUUAAUAAAUUUCUAUGACUCAGCACACGUCUUUUGAUAUUGGCUAACUACCUGCCAAAUUUCUUAUUCAUAUCUUAAGUCACAAAAAAGUGAUGCCCAAAUACGAUGGUAAAAAUGUCAGGAGUGCAACACUUUUUUGUGAUAUUUCAAAAUUUAAAUAAAGACUUUUCUGAUCAAAUACAAUGUAGUGAGCUUUCUAGUAAGAUGAUAGUAACUUUUGUUUUACCAAGUUAUGGUUAUGGCUGCCGCCGAAAAAAAAUGUUAUACCAUGUCAGGAGUGCAAC